CCAGAAGGAAGUCGAUCUUCAUACAUCAUCAUACCUGAAAGCAGAACCUGAGCCCACCACAGAGAUGGCAGCUGAGUCAUUGCCUUUCUCCUUCGGGACACUGUCCAGCUGGGAGCUGGAAGCUUGGUAUGAGGACCUGCAGGAAGUACUCUCCUCAGAUGAAAAUGGGGGCACCUAUGUCUCAUCCCCAGGAAAUGAGGAAGAGACAAAAACCUUCACCACUCUUGACCCCACCUCUCUGGCUUGGCUGACUGAAGAACCAGGACCAGCAGAAGUCACAAGCACCUCCCAGAGUCCUCAGUCUACUGAUUCCAGUCAGAGCUCCUUGGCUCAGGAGGAAGAAGAGGAAGACCAAGAAAGACCCAGGAAACGGAAACAGAGUGGUCAGUCCCCAGCCCGGGCUGGAAAGCAGCGCAUGAAGGAAAAAGAACAAGAGAAUGAAAGGAAAGUGGCACAGCUAGCUGAAGAGAAUGAACGGCUCAAAUUGGAAAUCGAGCGUCUGACAAGAGAAGUGGAAGCGACUCGCAGAGCUCUGAUUGAUCGAAUGGUUAAUCUACACCAAACAUGAACAAUUAGGGAUCAUCACUCCCACUUAGGCCACUUCUACUCACCUUCCCCAGAAGUGGCUACAGACCACCUCUUCACCAGUGCCAAUAUGUGACCCAUAUUCCUAUAAAUUCGGUAGGGGGAGGACAUGGGGUAGAUAUAAAAGGGUCUCAGCCUGUGUAUAAAGAUUGUAGAUUUAUUUAUUAUUGCCCAUAUCCAUUAAA